CUCUCUCUCUCUAUCUCUAUCUCGCUCAGCUCAGUCUUCUCUCUCUUCUGCGUUUCAGCCAAAAAAAACGUGAACACAAAGGUCCAAAAUCCAAGAAACCAGAAAUUGCCAUAAAAGCGCAAAAUAGCUCGAAAAGGAGAGAAAGCGCCUCCUCCUUCAAAUCUCGGAACCCGCACAAUGCCAUUCCUCACGCAACAGCGCAGGGACGACAAGUUCGCCCUCGGAUAGGUGAUGGAGCCCGGCGACAUCGGCCGGCAGCGGCAGGUCAGCGAGCCCAGGCCCGGCGGCGGCGAGGCGGCCCGCCCCUCCCACCUCGAGAUCGAUCUCAACGAGAUCCCGUCCCCCACCGCCGAUUCCGACCCCUUCGACGUCGUGCGCAGCUUCCAGGACGCCCCGGAGCCCCCGGCCGAGCCCGCGGCCGAGCCCGUCGUGGCCCGCUCGCCCGCCCCCUGCGCCGCCUGCGGGGAGCCCGAGGGCGGCGGCGGCCACGUCGUUGUGUGCGACGGCUGCGAGCGAGGGUUUCACGUGGCGUGCGCGGGGGUGAUGCGGGGGAUGGACGUGGAGGAGUGGGUGUGCAGGGAGUGCGUGGGCAGGGGGGUGAAGAGCCGGCGGUGGCCGUUAGGGUUUAAGCCGAACAGGAGGCGGUUCCUGGAUAUGAAUGCUUCGCCGCCCAGCGACGGUGAUUGUGAUGGAGAAGGGAGUGAUGCUGUGAUCGAGCUGAGAAAGCGCACCUCGGGUGAUAAUUCUGCUGGUGGGAAUUCAUUUGGUGCUCCGGUUAGAUGUUCAAGUUAUUCACACACUGGAAAUGGAUGUCACUUUGAAAAUGCUGCCGGUGUUGUUACUGAGACUUUGGGAGCUGGUGUUAGAGAUAUUCAGCAUCAUCCAUUAAUGCAGUGUGGAAACUUUGAAGUCGAUUUGGGUUUUCCAGUUAUACAUCUAAAGAGCAAUAAUAAUACAGUGAUAAGACUAUCAUCUGGGAAUCCUAAGGAGUUCCUUUUGCAGACUCUUAGGGAUUAUAUUUCUCAAUGGCAUGGUGUUCUUGAUGAAGGUUGGUACGUGGAGUUCAAAGAAUCCUAUAAUGGCUGUGGAACAUAUGUCUGGUACUGUGCUCCUGGUGGGCUAAAAUUUGAUACAAUGUCUGGAGUUGCUUCUUAUCUUGGUUUGACGUCAAACCACAAGCUUGUAGAGCCCAAAUUAAAUAGUGAGGGAUCUACUGUGCUGGAGAAAUUUCAUCUACCUAGGAAAAGGAAGUCAUCUAGGUCUGUAAUUAAUGGUUUUGCUGAAAGCAGGGGAUACCUUACACAUGCUCAUCCUAAGGAAUUCAUAUCUGACAGUCAAACUAUGGAACUGGUAUCUAGUAAUGGGAAGACUCUUAAAGCCACAGAAGCUGGAUCUGAGGAGAAUUUUGGAUCUGAAUUUCAGCAAUCCAAAGAUGGGCUACCUGUGCAAUUUGAAGAUUUCUUUGUUCUCCAUUUGGGGUUAGUUGACUUGAGACCUUCAUAUCAUGAACUGGACAGAAUCUUGCCUGUAGGUUACAGGUCCUGCUGGCAUGAUAAGAUUACUGGUUCAAUUAUGUUUUGUGAGGUGUUGGAUGGUGGCGACUCUGGACCUCUAUUCAAGAUCAGAAGAUGUUCUUGCUCUGUAGUACCUAUUCCAAAUGGAUCAACUAUCCUCUUUAGGCGAGUCCUUCGACAAUAUGCUGGGCCAGAUACCAAAGCAACUGAUGAUGUUAUAUACUCUAGUAUGGACUGUGAUGAUGAUGGAAUCAUUCAGGCAAUCCUCACCAACCCUUUGCCUCCUGUUGAAAAUGAACUUUCGGCUUGCCUUUGUAGUGGCAGGAAUGAAGUUUCUGAUGUGACAGAAAGCUCUAUGCAAACUGAUCCAAGUACUGCUCUUGUUCAUUAUGCAACUUCUGUCAAUCACGAGGACUGUCUUGGAGAUGAAAUUGGUGAAAUUGUGGUUGAAGAGCGUUCAUCAUCCUUGGCUUGGAAAAAAUUGUCUCAAAAAUUUGUCGAUGCCUUCUCUGACAUCUGUAGCAGGAAAAGCUCUUACAAGCUGUCUUGCAAACACGUAAAAAAUGAGACAAUCUCAUCUUACUGGGAUAUGAUGGAUGAAAAGUCUGUUCCUGCUCCGAUUGCUUUGCAGAAAUUUUCCAGCUCACCAGUUUUUGCAGGCUUCCCAUUGUACAACAGUGAUUCUGAUAUUUCAACUGAUGCCUUGCUAAAAUGGUUGGGCCAGGAUAGAUUUGGAUUGGAUGCAGAAUUUGUGCAAGAAACUAUAGAAAAGCUUCCGGGCAUUGAAGGCUGUUCUAGGUAUGUACUCUUGAGUAAUAGAAAUAACUAUACAAGGUCGCUGACUAUUGGAAAUGGAAACUUCAUUGUUAAAAGAAAAGAAGGAGUACGGAUCAAAGAAGGAACAUUAGAUGGUCUAUUUGGCGAAUUGAGAAAAAGUACAGUGGACGGAGAUGAUCGGUCUAGCCCUCCUUCUGGGACAGAGCCCUGCUCCAGGCUAUCACCUGCAAUUGCUGGAGAUUGUUACCAGGUAUGGGAAGUAUUGUGGCGUUUCCAUGAUAUUCUGGAUUUAAAAGAGCCUCUCCCUCUGAAGAAGCUAGAAGAUGAACUUAUCAACCCAUGGGUAGAUGUUAGCAAGGUUGCAGUGAAUUUUGGUCAGAAAUUGCAAGAAUGCCAAGUCUUGGAUUUACAUUCAAGUGAUCAUAGGGGUGACGAAACACCCUCGGGAACUGCACCCGGUUCACAGUUUUGUGGGGAACAUCUGUGUAAAUUUAGGUCAGUGGAAACAGGGGCAAAGAAGGAAUCAACUUAUGCUAAAAGCCCAUGUAUUGAAUUCAGUACCUGUUGUGGUAUAGCUUUGACAAAGGUGCAUAGCUUGCUGCUUGAAGUUUUAAUAGGUGAGCUGCAGUUGAAGGUUGCUGCACUCGUGGAUCGAAAUUUUGAGACUGGUGAAUUAAAAUCCAGAAGGGGAAGGAGAAAAGAUAUAGAAAGCUCUCUUCCUGCAAAAAGAGCUAAACUCAGUAUGCUACCUAUCAAUGAGCUGACUUGGCCUGAAUUAGCACGGAGGUAUAUUUUGUCCAUCAUAACCAUGGAUGGUAAUUCCGACUCUGCUGAUGUUACUAGUCGUGAAAGUGGGAAAGUUUUUCGCUGCUUACAAGGUGAUGGUGGUGUGCUUUGCGGCUCAUUGACCGGAGUUGCUGGGAUGGAAGCGGAUGCUCUUUUGCUUGCAGAGGCUUCAAAGCAAAUUCUUGGUUCUAUGAGCAAAGAAAAUGAGUUUCUCACCCUGGAAGUGGAAGAAUCAGCUGGACCCGAUGCUGUUGAAAAGAAUUCUGCCGGUGAUGGUAAUCUUCCAGACUGGGCCCAGGCCCUAGUGCCUGUGAAAAAGUUACCAACAAAUGUUGGCACCAGAAUUAGGAAGUGUGUGCAUGAUGCUUUGGCUAAAGAUCCACCAGACUGGGCAAAGAAAAUAUUGGAACAUUCAAUUAGCAAGGAAGUCUAUAAGGGCAAUGCAUCAGGACCAACGAAGAAAGCUGUUCUUUCUGUGCUAGCAGACAUAUCUGGUGAAGCACCACAACCGAAACCUGAAAAGAAAAGUAAGAGGAGGACUGUCAUUUCUGUUUCUGAUGUGAUAAUGAAGAAAUGUCGUGUUGUCCUACGUCAAGCCGCCGCUGCCGAUGAUGAAAGAGUUUUCUGCAAUUUGCUGGGAAGAAAAAUAAUGAAUAGUAAUGACAAAGAUGAGGAGGGACUUCUUGGAUCUCCAGCUAUGGUGUCUCGACCACUGGAUUUUAGGACCAUUGAUUUGAGAUUGGCAGUUGGGGCUUAUGGCGGUUCACAGGAAGCAUUUCUCGAGGAUGUUCGAGAGUUGUGGAAUAAUGUAAGGACUGCCUUCGAGGAUCAGACUGAUGUGGUUGAGCUAGCUGACAAAUUAUCUCAAAAUUUCGAGUCAUUAUAUGAAGAGAAGGUUGUCACUCUUGUUGAUAAACUGCGGGUGUAUGCAAAAUCGGAAUCAUUGAGUGCAGAUAUAAAGAAGGAAGUUGAUGAUGUUCUUGCCUCUCUAAGUGAGCUUCCUAAGGCCCCAUGGGAGGAAGGAGUCUGCAAAGUUUGCGGUAUCGACAGAGAUGAUGACAGUGUUUUGCUAUGUGACACAUGUGAUGCUGAGUACCACACCUAUUGCUUGAAUCCUCCACUUGCGAGAAUUCCUGAAGGAAACUGGUAUUGCCCUUCUUGUGUUGUCGGUAGACGCUUAGUUCAAGAUGUGUCCGGGCAGAAUUAUGUCAUCCGCAAGCACCGAGGUAAAAGAUUUCAAGAAGUUACCCGCGACUACUUGGAGGCACUCUCUGAUUUAGUAUCUAGAAUGGAAGAAAAGGAGUACUGGGAUUAUACUGUUGAUGAGAGGACCUUCCUGCUCAAAUUCUUAUGUGAUGAGUUGCUUAACUCAGCUCUUGUUCGACAACACCUUGAGCAGUGUGCAGAAAUAUCUGCUGAGCUGCAGCAGAAGAUGCGAAUGCUUAUCACGGAGUGGAAGAACCUGAAGGUAAAGGAAGACUACCUGGUGGCAAGAGCUGCAACGGCUGAUGGUGCCACUAACACAUGCGGAGAGGUUAUGGGGAAGCGUGGUUUAGACCCGGCACAAUCAAACAACACUAGACGAAUUGUCCAUCAGCCAAGUGAAAAAUCCAAGAAUCUUAAUAGCCUCCCUGAGCUGCAACUUGUGGAGGCUGGUCGUGAAAAAUGUGGGCUUAAUGGUUUUGACCACUCAUCUAUUGCUAUGGCAGAGAAGAACGGUCUCUACAAGGAUAAGGCAGGUAAUCCUACAAACAACAACUGUGAACUGGUGGACAAUGGCAUUUCCAAUGGCGACAGAAAACUGCUUGGCAACACUCUAUCCUCGAGGGCUUCUCAAACCGAUGAUAGUACCGUGAAAUCACAUGACUCGCCUAAAUUGGAUCUUUUUCCAGAAGAAGUCAAUGACCCUGAAAGAAAAAUCUUUGAGCAAGAAAGCUGCCUCUGUUCUGAUUCAAGAAACUUCCCUUGUUCUCAGCACCUUGAUGAUCUGAAUGAGUCAACCCACCAGGUUGAACUGACUUCUGUGAAGAAUGAGCUUUCAGCUCUGCAGGACUCAAUUAGCAACGUAGAGUCACAGCUUGUCAAGCUAUCUUUACGCAGGGAGUUUUUGGGUAGUGAUUCUGUUGGGCGAUUGUACUGGGCUACAGCAAUGCCUGGCAGUCGGCCGCGGAUUGUAGUUGAUGGUACUUUAGCAUCUGGGAAAAGAAGGAAAAUUUUAAAUUCUGUGGUUCCAGAGAGGAACGGUACUCAGGGUUCUGCUCCCACUUCAGAAUCAUCUCUAGUGGGGUCAAAAGCUUGCUGUCCCUUCAUGCACAAAUCAAAUGGAGUGGCUGCUGCGAAUCAAUCAUGGGUUUUUUAUCAAACUGACGAUGAAAUAGAACAGCUUGUUGGAUGGUUGAAGGGUAGUGACUCGAGAGAAAAGGCUCUAAAAGAUGCCAUUUUAAACUGGUGGAAGUUUAAAUUGCGGGAAUGUCAGGAUCCUGUUGGCCAAAUUUCUGAUGCAAGUGAAGCAACUUCAGAAGGGUGCUCGAUUGGUGAAAACUUAGUAACUUCUGUUUGUGUGGCUACAAAGGCUUCCUCUUUUUUGGAAAGAAAGUAUGGUCGUUGUACGGAAGUGGAAUGUACAGGUACUUUGAAAAAGCGAGCAAAAAAGGCAAGAGUACCCAGUGAAGAAAGGAUGUAUCGGUGUGAAUGUUUAGAGCUUAUUUGGUCAUCUCGAUAUCAUUGUCUCUUCUGCCACAGGACCUUUCUCACUGAUGAUGAACUGGAGGUGCACAAUGAUGGCAGGUGCAGUCCAGGAUCUUCAGGGCAUGAGAAGGGUAAAGAAAAUGCAGACUCAUCCAAAAAGAAAGGAAGUCUCAAGUCUGAUUCUGCUCAGAUAGAAAGAACAGGUGGAAACGAUGUGUAUGAUAAAAGUCGACACCUCGAUUUAUGCUCAGAUUUGAUCACAUUUCAGAAUGAAGGUUUCGUGUGCCCAUAUGACAUUGAUGAGAUAAGUUCUAAGUUUGUCACAAAAGAUUCAAACAAGGAUUUGGUACAGCAAAUUGGUCUUAUCGGAUCUAAUGGGAUUCCAUCACUUGUGCCAUCUAGGCCUUCCUACCUUGAUGACUAUGAUCCAUUUCUAUUAUCUAGUGGUGAUGCCAGUGUCCCACCUGAGGAGUACAAGGAAGUAGGAGUGACUGGUCUUCGGGAAGAUAGAAGUAUACGCAACACCAACACAUCCGAGUGUUAUAAUACCAGGCCUGGAAGUGAGAAUAUUGGCACACACAGGGACGCUAAAUCAACCUUGGCCUCUUCAGAAGGGAAGGAGAGAAAGCCCAUACAUAAACGCGCCAUGGCAACAGGGCUUGGUCAGCGCUGUGUGGUGCCACAGUCGUCCUUGAGACCCUUACCUGGCAGGGUCUUUCCAAUUUUGAGACAGUUGAAGAUUAAUUUACUUGACAUGGAUGCUGCUCUAGAAGGUGAAUAUUUGAAGCCAUCAAAAGCACAUCUGGAAGGGAGGUGGGCCUGGCGUUCGUUUGUUAGAUCCUCACAGACUAUCUAUGAGAUGGUUCAGGCGACAAUUGUCUUGGAGGACAUGAUCCAGACAAAGUAUCUAAGGAAGGAGUGGUGGUACUGGUCAUCCCUCUCUGCUGCAGUUAAAACCUCCACCUUGUCUUCCCUUGCCCUGCGUAUUUAUUCCCUGGACUCAGCAAUUCUAUAUGAGAAUAUUUUGCCCGACUUGGACUCAACUGAUAUUGUGGUAGACAAGACAAUACCCUCCACUUUGGAUCCAACCGACAAACCAAAGCCUAGCAGAAAGUCAAGCAGGAAAAGGAAGGAGCCCGAGGGUUGAUGGAGCACACAAUUAUGUGUAGAUUUUUUUCCAGACAAACCUGACCCCAGCAUUGAGCUUAUACAUUAAGUAAUUCAAGAGGUUACUUUGAGAAGGGAAGAGAAGCCCCAACUAAGGCGAUUUAUUGCAUACAAUUUGGCUUCUUCAGGGCAAUUCAUGCUGACCACAAUUAUGUAGGCUAGGAAAAGGUUGCUGCUGCUUCCGAUUGGUAUGUGUAUAUAGCGCCAGCUCUGAUUGGCAUUUGUGUAUAUAGGUAUAAGGCUGACAUCUUUGCCCGUCGGGACUGAGGUAAAGAGGAAUCCGGCAGUUUAUUAGCUUGGCGUACUAAUGCUAUCGAGAGAUCAGUGGGUUAACCAAGGGGUGUACACAUUUGUUUUUUGGAACGGAUUUUGCUGAAGCUUUUGUGCUUGCUCGGGAUGUCGGAAUCAAUCGGAGGAAUUUUUCUUGCAGCGCACGGCUACCAGAUUUCAUCAGUAGGAAGAUUAAUGUAAAAAGUUGAACAAAGUCGAAAAGAAAACAAAAAGGAAUGUUGAUAAUGAUGCAGCUUAGUGAUAGACAGUUUUCAUUCUUUA